UCUUUACUUCCUUACACCUUCUUGCUAAAAGGGAAGCUCGAGUAUUUCCUUUAAAGGGGAAGAAAUUUAUUUAAUGCUGUUAUUCACAAAGCUGCGGUUCAGCCAUGUUCUUGCUCUGGGCUUUGCUUUCGUCAUGUGUCGUGAUAGCGCACGCUUUAGAUGAGGACAUUGAAAUUAUUAACAGCGACUUUGGCCAUGUCCUCGACGAUCUUGAUCCUCUUCAAAUUCCCACGAUCGAUGAGAAGGUUUCCGUUGUGGAACGCUCAAUCCCGAGUGACACAGCGACGCGAGUUCGGCGUCAAACAAUAAGCGUGGACAUGGGUGGAGGUUUAAAGGUCCAGGAUCUCACGGUAAAACAAGACUGCGAUGGAAUUCUCCUGCAGUGGAAUCGGCUCAAUUUGCCUCACAGCCCAAAGAAACCGACACAAAACAGUGAAUUUAGUCAUUUUAACAUCUAUCGGAAAACGACUUAUUUCAACGACGUAUCCGGUAUGACACCCUACGUGUCAGGCAGACAGGAUGCUUCCCUUCAGAACCCGGGAAAGACCAGCUACAAGGACUUGCACCCCCCACUAGGUGUAGACCUUUAUUAUGCAGUGACAAUUGUUGACGGAGAAGGGCAGCAGGAGACAUUGGUGGAUGCUAGAAAGGUUUCCUUCGUUGGAUCAGUGAAAAAGACAGGAGCAUUGUAUAAACUUGUCCCAGGUUUUCUCAGCCAACGAGGAAAAGUGUUGCAUCAUAGCACAGCAUGGAAUCCGAAACGAAACGAGUAUCUUGUGGCGUUUGAUUUUGACGUUGACGGAGAUAAUCUUCCCGAUCAACUGUUUGCUUUGCGGGUCGACACUAACGCCAGAAUAGUGGACAAACGAAUGCUGAAUUUUACUGCCAACCUCAACGGAAAAGCAGCGAAUCAAGGCUGGCCGAGUGUAGCCUAUAAUGAUAGGGCAGAUGAGUUCAUGAUUGUCUUCCAGUUUCGCAGUGGUGUUUGGCAGUACUUCCACGACAAAUACAUCAUAAUAAGCCAGAGAGUGAGGAGUUGGCAAACCGAGAGAGCUGCUGGGCCUUCGCUGUUCGUGAAGGCAACUGGGAAGGGGGGAUCUAGUGACUGGGUGGACGCCAUGAAUGUCUUGAUCAAGUACAACAGUGUUACAGGUGGUUAUGUCGGAGCCGUUGUCUUAUCACACAGUCGAAAAGAAGUGAUAGGCUUGUUUGCCGACGCCAGAGGCAAGGUACUCAAGUCUGAUCCUGUCUGCAGUUUUCGAGGAAAUGCUCAUGAGCCAAACAUCUUCGUUGACUCAAAAAGGAACGAAUUUUACUUCACAUGUACGGUUCAGGGUGGAGGAGUGUCUAACGCCGAUUUUAACCUGCGUCCUGGCCUCAAUAUGGUGGUUCUCACCAAACGCGAUGCUAACGGCGUGCAUGCCUCUAACACAGAGACUGCUGACACAAAGAAUUUUGUAGGUUACACUAACAACACGCAUGCAAAGACCAGCGGUUAUUACAAUGAACGCACUGACAGACUGAUCUUGUUUUGGGAAGACACGGACUCAGGCAAACCCUUCAUUGGAACAGCCUCUGUUUUGGUGACUCGUAAGCGCUAUGUGCGGGAAGUGAAGCCGUACAGUUGCUUGGCAACAAGGCGCGUGAGAGCGCCAUCGGCCGUGUACUUUCCAACAACCGGCAACCACAUGCUGUUUUGGCAGGAGCAAGGGCGGGGAACUUGGGUGAUAGGGGGAGAACUCUUACAAGGCAACCUGCAACUUGCUUUUGGAAGGAUGCAGAAGGAUCCAAUCACACUGUACAACAGCAAAAGCAGAAAAGCAUUUGUUACGUGGCAGGAAGCUGGCGUUGUCCUGUCUUAUCACGUUGAAGAGGCCAGACGUCCUCUCUGUGAUCCGCCAUGCAUGUCGCAAUGGACAUGCACAUUGCAAGAUACGUGUGUCUCUUCAACUGGUGAUUCUUGUUCUACAAACAAUGGCGGCUGUAGCCACGUGUGUACUUCAUUACGUCACUGGAAGGUUCAGUGCUCGUGUCCAGGAAAUUUGCAGCUUAAGGACGACGGGAAGACUUGUCAGGAAGCUCCUCCUUGCCAUGGUAUGACUCCCCUGACGAGACCGUCAACCCGACGAGAUUAUUUCUGUGGAGGGAGUAGAAGACACAUCUGUCCUGCUAACUCCUAUUGCCACAUUUCACCUUCUGAUGCCUUUGCAAAGUGCUGCUCAGCUCCUUUACCCAGUUAUUCCAUAAUAGUAGCCUCUCCUAAGGCAAUAUGGCAGCUGUUUAUGGACACAAAGCAAAACAGAUUCACUACUCAAAAAUUGCAGAUUCAAAAUCCCUCCAUGCUUGUUGCACUGGAUUACAACCCAAUAGAUAAGCGUAUUUACUGGAGUGACGUCGAUGAUAGAAAGAUAAAGCGAAUGUCUGUGACUGGAAUCGGAGGAGAGGAAACAAUUGCUUGGAAUAAUGUUGGGAUUGUGGAUGGAUUGACACUCGAUGUUGAAAAUGACUUGAUAUACUGGACUGAUGUCACGUCCAAGAGUAUAGAGCGAGCGAACCUGAACGGACAUAGUCGUAGAACUUUACUGGGGGGCUUAGACAAGCCGAGGGCAAUUGUCCUGUACAAGACUAGAAGGUGGAUGUUCUGGACAGACUGGGGAACUGUACCAAAGAUUGAAAGAGCGGAUAUGAAUGGACAUGGCCAAACGACCAUCGUAUCGGGAGAUUUAAGUUGGCCAAAUGGUUUGGUUAUCGACGAAGCUUCCCAGACACUCUUUUGGGCAGACGCUGGUCUCGACAAAAUAGAGACCUCCGACUUAACGGGAGGUGGACGCCGUGUAUUGCUCAGUUCUCCGCACGUGAAUCAUCCCUUUUCCCUUGCCAUUUUGAAUAACAGGUUGUUUUGGAGUGACUGGGAAACAGGAGGCAUUCACUCAGUUGAUAAACAAACUGGUAAAGACGUCGUAACUGUAGCGCUAGGAAUUGAGAGGCCGACAAGUUUUGCACUCUUUAAAGCAGUUCCGCCAGUUGACGCAAGCGUCCGUUGCCCAGACCCCCGCCAUCCAAAACAUGGUUCUAGGCACCCCUCCCCUGAAGGCGAUGAUUACCCACAAGGCGCUGUGAUACGAUACACGUGUUUUCCUCAGUUUGACCUUCACGGUCCCGUGACUCGCAUGUGUUUGGCCAACGGUCAAUGGAGUGAAAAGGCUCCCGAAUGUCUCACUCCGCCACGAUUUCGGUUUGUACCGAGCAACGAGACUGUCGAGGAAUCAAAAACCAGCACUUUUCUUUGUUCCGCUUCAACCCCUGAUACAAAAAUCACUUGGUACAAAGACGGCAAAGUCCUGACUGGAAGUCACUUUGCGGUCUUGGCAAGUGGUAGUCUACUGAUUCUGCGCGUAUACCGUGAAGACAAAGGCUGGUAUGUCUGUAAUGCAACGAACAAGGCAGGCACUAAACUGGCUCGCGCAUAUCUGAAGGUGUUGCGACCGCUGGACUCAGAUUGUGGUAAGCCGACACUAACUACUCGUGGCAAGAUUGUUGGCGGAACAAAGGUGGAAGCUGGUCACUAUCCGUGGCAAGUGAGUCUGUGGAACACGAGGGCCAACAAACAUUUCUGUGGAGGAUCACUUGUGUCUGAGAGGUGGAUUGUGACAGCUGCCCACUGUGUUUCUUCUGGAGGAAUUUCAAUCAAUGAUGUUGAGGUACGCCUUGGUAAGUUGUACACUAACAGACCUGAACCAUCCAGAGAACAGAUCAUUCGUCCGGACAGGAUCGUAAUUCAUCCACAGUACGAUAGUGACCGUGCCGACUACGAUGCAGACCUCGCUCUUAUUCACCUGAAAUCCGACGUCAUAUUUACUGAUUACGUCAGACCUAUUUGCCUUCCGCUGCGGAGACAAGACAGUGAUAGGACCCUGCUAAGGACUGGCAACAUUGGGGUCAUUACAGGAUGGGGCCGGAAGAAGGAAACCGGUCGUGAGGUCCUUAGAAGAAUGCACCAAGUCAAAGUACCAAUAGUGGACCAGGCGUUGUGCAAGGCAGCACACACGAGGUAUCCCGUCACAUCAAAUAUGUUCUGCGCCGGCCAUCAUAAUGGCACACUUGGUGACGCUUGCCAGGGAGACUCGGGUGGACCGCUGGCCAUCGAUAACAGUCAAACAGCAAGUGAUGAUGAUCAACGCUGGGUGCUCGCGGGCGUCAUUUCCUGGGGAGAUGGCUGCGGUAGAAUUGGCAAAUAUGGCGUCUACACUCGGGUGUCGAAGUUUGUUCGAUGGAUCAAUGAUCAAGUCGUUAUGGACUGACGAUUGAAUGCAAUACGGUAUUUUCGAGAAAUCGGGAGUUAAAAAAAUAAUAUAAUGCGCGCUUAAUAAAACUUAUAUCCAGUUAUCAUCUAGCGAACUUGAAAUUGUAAUCUGCCAAAUUAAAAAGAGGCGUAAUAGAAACAAUAGUUGGAAAUUUUCUUAGGCUACAAUGUUGUCAAACAAUGAAUGAUUAAAGUGGAGUAAAGGCUAAAUUAUGUUACUGAC